AUUCCCUUACAUGUAAAGUAGAAGAACAACCGAAUGUAAUGCUAGGCACCUGUAACAGAUCUGCAACAUUUAUAUGUACGUGUUACGAUUUUUUUUGCAGAUAUGACGGUUGUUAAAUGCAACAUUCAAGAAUUUUUCUCAGGCUCCGAGACAGUGCUGUGUAGCGGUAUUAGAUGUGGUCAUGGAUCCAGGUGUGACAGGUCGGCAUGUGUGUGUAAAAUCGGCUUCGUCAAAAGCACUAUAUCACAAUCGACAACGCCGCCUUUAAUAUAUUGUCACGAAUCAUGCAGUGCUAACAAGAACUGUUCUGCAAACACCACCUGUGAUGGAAGGCUGAAUAUCGACAACACUUACAGCUGUAUUUGUUCUGAUGGGUACACUCGAUCAACAACUGGACAUUGUUUAGCCAACAACGACCAGUGUUCGUCGGCUCCAUGCGGGUAUAACGCUGUCUGUGCCGAUAUCCCGGGUUCAUUUACCUGUACUUGUAAGGCAGGCUUCCAUCAGCCUCCCUCUAAGGAAAAUCCAGCAAUCUGUACCGCCAUCGACAACUGUGAGUCUAAACCUAGAAUAUGUGGAAACUAUUCCCUAUGUACAAUGGAUCGUGGUCAAGUCAUCUGUCAGUGUGAAGAAGGGUAUAGGGCUGGACCUCCUGGGGAAAAUGGCUGUAUCCCAGUUUCAUCGUCAACUACCGUUGUAACCACACCAUCUACACAAAAGAGUUCAACAACAACACCGAUUGGAUCUUCGUCAAAACCAGAAACUUCAGAGAAGACGUCACCAGGUUCUCCAUUAGGCCAAACAACCACCUCUUCAGAAAAUAGAAUGGGUGAAAAAGACGGUGCAUCUCAAACAUUAGUAAUAGCUCUGGCAGCAGGAAUUGGCGGCGGCGUUGUUUUUAUAGCCAUUGUAGUUAUCAUUCUGAUAACCAGAAGAUGUCAUCACAACAAGCACAGUGUCGACCAAAACACGAGUUCAGAGGUUACGGAAGAAUCCAACCGUAUAAGCUCCAACAACGCAGAGGCUAAUAACAAAACCACCCCGACAUAUACCAAUAUUACUCCGUUAGUUGUUAUUCGAAGGGAAGUUUCCAUUUUUGAUAGCAGAUCAUCGAUAGAAGAUUACACCAACGAUAAUAAUAGUGACGAGAUGAAGAAUUCGGAAACGGUUGAAUGCAGUGCGCCACACAAACCACCGAAGAAGCCACACGAGAUUCUGGAUGAGAACUCCCUUUACUCAAAUGAUGAGAGUCCACACCACGCAGCCGUACAAAAGCAACAGGAUGUGGUGAAAAUGCCCACUCCGCGAGGUCACACGCAUCAAUAUGAAACUCUAUACAGCGCGGAUGUAAAAUCAGCCAAUCGGAACCCAGAAUAUACUCUGCUCGAUCUGAACGGAAGAGGAAACCCUGUUCGUUCAUCAGACAGUGGAUAUGUGAACAUUUCUUGCACCAAUCAAGACCUAAACGCUUACACCAACACUAAUGCAGAUAUUGUGUACGAUAAUCUUCAGUAG